AUGCCUGUUUUUCACACGAAGACGAUAGAAAGUAUCCUGGAGCCGGUGGCUCAGCAGAUAUCCCAUCUGGUGAUUAUGCACGAGGAAGGUGAAGUUGACGGAAAGGCGAUACCAGAUCUGACGGCGCCGGUGGCUGCCGUGCAGGCGGCCGUUAGCAACCUCGUCCGGGUUGGGAAGGAGACGGUUCAAACUACAGAAGACCAGAUUAUGAAAAGGGAUAUGCCACCUGCUUUUAUCAAAGUGGAGAAUGCAUGCACGAAGCUGGUGCAGGCUGCUUCCAUGCUCAAAGCUGACCCUUACUCCGUUCCUGCUCGGGAUUAUCUGAUCGAUGGCUCUCGGGGCAUCCUGUCUGGAACAUCUGAUCUGCUUCUGACCUUUGAUGAAGCCGAGGUCCGCAAAAUCAUCCGUGUGUGCAAAGGUAUCCUGGAGUAUCUGACCGUGGCAGAGGUGGUAGAAUCAAUGGAGGACUUGAUCACGUACACUAAGAACCUCGGUCCAGGUAUGACAAAGAUGGCGAAGAUGAUAGACGAGCGGCAGCAGGAGCUGACGCAUCAGGAGCAUCGAGUGAUGCUGGUCAACUCCAUGAACACGGUCAAGGAGCUGCUGCCCAUCCUCAUCUCAGGUAUCAAAAUCUUCGUAACAACCAAGACAUCAGGCGGUCAAGGCGUGGAAGAGGCUUUGAAGAACCGCAACUUCACCUUUGAGAAGAUGAGCGCUGAGAUAAAUGAAAUCAUCCGGGUGCUGCAGCUUACGUCCUGGGACGAGGACGCCUGGGCCAACAAGGACACAGAAGCCAUGAAGAGAGCUCUGGGGCUUAUUGACUCAAAGAUGUUACAGGCCAAAAACUGGCUGAGGGACCCAAAUGCUCCUCCAGGUGACGCGGGUGAACAGGCCAUCCGUCAGAUUCUGGAUGAAGCCGGGAAAGUUGGAGAAUUGUGUACGGGAAAAGAGCGCAGGGAUAUUGUGGGAACGGCUAAAACUCUGGGCCAGAUUACGGAUCAGGUGUCUGAAAUGAGAGCCAGAGGUCAAGGGGCAUCCCCAGUGGCCAUGCAGAAGGCCCAGCAGGUUUCCCACGGACUGGAUGUGCUGACGAACAAGGUUGAGAACGCGGCCCGCAAAUUGGAGGCCAUGACCAACUCUAAGCAGGCCAUCGCUAAAAGGAUUGAUGCUGCACAAAACUGGCUUGCAGAUCCCAACGGUGGUCCAGAGGGAGAAGAGAACAUCAAGGCCUUGCUAGCAGAAGCCAAGAAGAUCGCAGACAUGUGUGAGGACCCCAAGGAAAGAGAAGAUGCGUUACGCUCCAUCGCCGAGCUCGCCGCUAUGACCGCCAAGCUGUCUGAACUCAGGAGACAGGGUAAAGGUGACACGCCUGAGGCCAGAGCGUUGGCUAAACAGAUCGCUACGGCCCUCCAGAACCUGCAGUCCAAAACCAACAAAAUCGUGGCAAACAGCCGGCCUGCGAAGGCAGCUGUGCACUUGGAGGGGAAGAUCGAGCAAGCGCAGCGCUGGAUUGAGAACCCCACCGUGGAUGACAACGGCGUGGGUCAGACAGCUAUCCGUGGCCUUGUAGCAGAAGGCCGCAGGCUGGCCAACGCUCUUCCAGGCCCGUACCGCCAGGAGCUUAUGGGUAAGUGCGAGCGGGUGGAGCAGCUCAUGGCCCAGCUGGCCGACCUGGCAGCGCGUGGGGAAGGGGACUCCCCUCAGGCACGUGCUGUGGCUCAACAACUCCAGGAGGCUUUAAAAGACCUCAAAGGACAGAUGCAGGAGGCGAUGACUCAGGAGGUGUCAGACAUCUUCAGCGACACGACCACCCCCAUUAAGUUGCUCGCAGUUGCUGCUACUGCUCCUCUGGACGCUCCGAACAGAAACGAGGUCUUUGAAGAAAGAGCUGCCAACUUUGAGAACCAUGCCAACAAGCUGGGCGCCACGGCGGAGAAGGCGGCUGCUGUCGGCACGGCUAACAAAAGCACAGUGGAGGGUAUUCAGGCCGCCGUCAAGUCAACGAGAGACUUGACGCCACAAGUUGUAUCUGCUGCUCGAAUUUUACUGAGAAAUCCCGGCAACCAAGCCGCUUAUGAACACUUUGAGACCAUGAAGAAUCAGUGGAUCGACAAUGUUGAGAAAAUGACAGGUCUGGUGGAUGAAGCCAUCGACACAAAGUCUCUGCUGGACGCCUCGGAGGAGGCCAUAAAGAACGACUUGGACAAAUGCCGCGUGGCCAUGGCCAACCACCAGCCGCAGAUGUUAGUGGCUGGCGCCACCAGCAUCGCCCGCAGAGCCAACCGCAUCCUGCUGGUGGCCAAGCGAGAGGUGGAGAACUCUGAGGAUCCAAAGUUCAGGGAGGUGGUGAAGGCUGCAUCCGAUGAACUGAGCCAGACGAUCUCUCCUAUGGUGAUGAGUGCCAAGGCGGUGGCUGCCAAAAUCCAAGAUCCGAGUCUUCAGAAAGGCUUUCUGGAUUCGGGUUAUAAGAUCCUCGGUGCCGUGGCAAAGGUCAGGGAGGCUUUCCAGCCCCCAGAACCAGACUUCCCACCCCCACCUCCUGAGAUCGACCAGCUUAGUCUCAACGAUGAAGCGGCGCCUCCCAAACCUCCUCUUCCAGAGGGUGAAGUCCCACCCCCCAGACCUCCUCCCCCAGAGGAAAAGGACGAGGAGUUCCCCGAACAGAAAGCUGGAGACGUGGUGAACGAGCCCAUGAUGGUGGCCGCCAGGCAGCUUCACGAUGAAGCUCGCAAGUGGUCGAGCAAAGGCAAUGACAUCAUCGGUGCUGCCAAGCGAAUGGCCCUGCUCAUGGCAGAGAUGUCCCGCCUGGUGCGUGGAGGUAGUGGAAACAAGCGUGCCCUCAUCCAGUGCGCCAAGGACAUCGCCAAGGCUUCCGAUGAGGUCACCCGGCUGGCCAAGGAGGUCGCCAAGCAGUGCACCGACAAACGGAUCCGGACCAACCUGCUCCAGGUGUGUGAGCGCAUUCCCACUAUCAGCACUCAACUCAAAAUCCUGUCGACCGUCAAAGCCACCAUGUUGGGUCGUACCAACAUCAGCGAGGAGGAGUCGGAACAGGCAACUGAGAUGUUGGUCCACAACGCUCAGAACCUCAUGCAGUCUGUGAAGGAGACGGUAAGGGAGGCAGAAGCUGCUUCCAUUAAGAUCCGGACAGAUGCGGGCUUCACCCUCCACUGGGUCAGGAAGACCCCCUGGUACCAGUAAGAGAAGGGCCUUCAUUACGUCCACAGAAGACACUGAAUUGUAUGUCGUACCAGAGUUAUGACUUCCUACAUCCAACUGUGGCUGAAGCCGCUUCCAUUAUAACGGUUGCUGUUCUGAUAGAAUGUAAAUGAUGGGAUUUGUUAGUAAAUUACCAGAAAGAGUGUAAAAUGACAUAUUAUUUGGACGAAUCCCAGGGAUAUAAAUAUUUUGGUCAGAGAUUAGAUUUCAUUUAAUGUAAGGGGAAUAUUUUGGGGUCUUUUAUAGAUCCAGGUCACAUUAAGUUAAAUUUAAUUAACCAUUUUUCUUGACUUUUUUUAUUAUUAUUUACUCACAUAUGCAAAUAAACCUGAAAAGUACAGAGAAGAGCUAUAAGCACAAUAGUAUGUUAAUAGUCUUAGCUAAAAACAAGGGAAAUAGAAACACUGUUGUAGUGAUCUUCCUUCUCUCCGCCAAAGAUUUUUUAGCAAUAUCUUUUGAAUUUAUACUUUUCUUAAUCAAACCUAACUUGAGGGGUUUUUGAAAAAAAAUGGAAUUUUGUUGUACAUGAACUACAGUAGCAGAUCUCUUUCACACUGUGUACUAAAAUCCAAACAUUCAAAACAAUAUCACCUACUUUUUUAUUUUAAGCAUUUAUAUUUAUAUAAUGCACAGUCCAUUUUUGUUAUGUAACUGCACAGUUGAUAGUCAACGGAGAAAGAUGAUGCAAAGUGAACUUUUCAUUCUAUGUCAUUAGUUUCAACAUGUCUUGACACUACGUCCACUUUUUGUGGAGAUACUCUAAAACAUGAAGACCUUUUGUUAUGAAAGUGUCCUUAGAAUCUCAUAACAACUGAUGUGCCUUUUAAAAUAAACUGUUUUUUGCAGUUCAUACGGUUUGCUCUUUACAUUGUUUUUGUAUUACUUGUUGCAAUGAAUUUGUUUACGACACAUUUUUUUUUUUUUUUGCAUAGGAGACUUGUUGAAAGUCAAAGCCAAACCGUGACUUUUAUGGAGAGGUCAGGAGGAAUGCAAACCUUAUUAUUUUUACUUUAAAAUGAUGUAAUCUCGGUGGGUUCAAGUGGGUUUAAGCAUCAGUUUGUUAAAAGAUUGUUCACUAUUUUGUAUUAAAGCAUUUUAUAGCACUUGAA